CGCCCGGCCCGCUCCGCCCCCGCCCUGCCCGGCCCGACCCGCAGCGAUGGCGGCCCGGCUGUGCCGGCUGCCCAGGCCCCUCACGGCCGCCUUCAGCAGCGCCGCGGCCGCGGGAGCCGGGCGGGCCCCGCCGGCGGAGCCGCUGACGGAGCGGCGGGAGGCGGGCGGCGUGCGCACCAUCGUCCUGAACAACCCGCGGCGGCGGAACGCGCUGUCGCUGCCCAUGCUGCAGAGCCUGCGGCGGGACCUGCUGCACGACGUGAAGAGCCGGGAGCUCCGCGUCAUCGUCAUCGCGGCUGAAGGACCUGUAUUUUGUUCCGGCCAUGAUUUAAAGGAGCUGUCAAGUGAAGAUGAUGUGAAGCAUCAUUCCCAAGUGUUUGAAUUAUGUGCAGAGGUCAUGACUUUAAUCCAGAAACUUCCAGUGCCAGUGAUUGCCAAAGUAAACGGCUUGGCUACAGCAGCCGGCUGCCAGCUCGUGGCAAGCUGUGACAUCGCAGUGGCAAGUGAGAAAUCUCAGUUUGCUACUCCUGGAGUAAACAUUGGGCUGUUCUGCUCCACACCAGCUGUGGCCUUGGGCAGAUCUCUUCCAAGAAAGGUGGCACUGGAGAUGCUUUUCACAGGUGAACCUCUCUCUGCCCAUGAAGCCUUAAUGCACGGGCUUGUCAGCAAGGUGGUACCAGAAGACAAGCUGGAAGAAGAGACCAUGAAAAUCUCUCAGAAGAUAUGUGAAAGCAGCAAAUCUGUCCUGGCCUUGGGGAAAGCCACCUUUUACAGACAGAUAAGCCAGGACCUUGACACUGCUUACAAAAUAACUACUAAGGUCAUGGUAGAUAAUUUGACUUUGAGAGAUGGGCAGGAAGGCAUUGAAGCCUUUGUUCAGAAGCGUAAACCUGUCUGGUCACACUCUCAGGAGGAGAAGAAAUGAAUCCUGUCUCUAAACAAACCUUAGCUAUGCUUUAUGAUUCUUCACGCAGUUGCCUUUGGGAACUAUAUUUUUAUUCUUACUGAAAGUUAAAUUUCUCUUCUUACAAAUGCCAGACACAAUAAAUUUACUCUAAGUAUGUAAUAAAUGUUAAGAAAAAUCAAAGAAAA